AUGCAAUCUCGAAAAGAAGCAGCAGGGCAGGAAAGCAAACUUUGUCCUGAAGGGUACAGAAAGUGUUUGAGUGGUCAGUGUGUCCAGUUAAGUUGGUGGUGUGACUUCCGACAUGAUUGUCCAGAUUUUUCAGAUGAAAAGUUCUGCGAAACUAAUCAACCGUGCGCUGAAAACGAGUUCCGGUGCAGAAGUGGACAGUGCGUUAAUCAAUAUCACAGGUGUUUCCUGAAUGGUGAUUCUAGACAAGGAUGCGCUGAUGGUUCUCAUUUGAUAGGUUGUGAAAAUUCAACAUGCGACGAAGGCCAACUUAAAUGCGUAAACAGUUACUGUAUCGAUAAGAGUUUGGUCUGUGAUGGUAACAUUCAUUGCCACUUUUCUUGGACCGACGAAGUUGGAUGCCCUUUCCAGUGUUCAUCAGAAGUUCGCUGUCCUUGUAUUGAUAUUACCAUCAACUGUACUGAAGUUGGGUUAACUUCAUUUCCAGAAAAUAUAGAGCACCAGAUUUCACGUCUGUAUCUGGAUGAAAACCUACUAACAUCGUUAGCUCCAAAUACUUUUCAAGGAUUAGGACAUCUCCGCUCACUCAAUUUGAAAGGAAAUGCCAUUCGAGAAAUUCACCCUCGAGCUUUUAGUGGACUACUUUCAUUGAAAACAUUGGAUUUGAGUCACCAGAGGUUACUGAAUAUAUCCCGUAAUGCUUUUCUUGGACUCCGGUCACUUCUUCAUCUAGAUUUGACUCACAACAGGAUAGCAACGAUGGAAAGCCGAGUAUUCGUUGGACUCAGAACAUUAAAAAAUCUGAACACUGAUGAGUUCCGCUUCUGUUGCCUGGCACCUCACGUGGUCGAGUGUUACCCUAAACCGGAUGAAUUCUCGUCGUGCGAAGAUCUUAUGUCAAACACGGUUUUAAGAGUCUGCAUCUGGUUCCUCGGAGUGCUGGCUUUAGCUGGAAACACACUGGUUAUCAUUUGGAGGUCUCUUUACAGAAUUAACAACAAGGUACAUUCAUUCCUGAUUACUAACUUGGCAAUAGGAGACUUAUUUAUGGGAAUUUACUUGCUCAUUAUUGCUACUGUAGACACUUACUACCGAGGUGUUUACUUUAUCUACGAUAGCUACUGGAAACACAGUCCUCUCUGCCAAUUCGCUGGUUUCCUUUCCACUCUGUCUAGUGAGCUUUCUGUUUUGACCUUAACCAUUAUCACUCUUGACCGUUUCAUGUGUAUAAUAUUUCCGUUUCGCCUGAAGCGUUUGAAUAUGAAACAGAUGUCUUUGAUCAUGGGUGCUGUAUGGGCAGUGGUAGUUCUUCUGGCUGGAAUACCUUUGUUGGACAUCAACUACUUUUCCAAUUUCUACGGUCGUUCAGGAGUAUGCUUAGCGCUACAUAUUACACCAGAAAGGUCACAUGGCUGGGAAUAUUCCGUGUCUAUAUUUUUGGCUCUCAAUUUCGUUUCAUUUGCUGUCAUAACAUUAGCCUAUACCUGGAUGUUUGGUGUAGCCAAGAAAACUCAGACCGCUGUCCGCUCCAGAGACUCAAGAGCUGAAGCUACUAUGGCCAGAAGGAUGACUGUUAUCGUGACUACUGACUUCUGUUGUUGGAUGCCAAUAAUUCUACUUGGAGUAGCAUCGCUCAGUGGUGCAACUAUACCUCCUCAAGUGUUUGCGUGGGUUGCUGUUUUUGUGCUUCCUCUGAACGCUGCUAUCAACCCUUUGUUGUAUACCCUGUCAACAGCUCCUUUCCUUAGUCCAGCUCGAAGCAGAGUAUCCAGGUUCCGAUUUUCUCUUAUUAACUCAAUGAAUGGUGAUUCUCAGAAAUCCAUCAUUGGUGAGCGUGAUGUUUUAAAUCUGUUCAGUGCAUCUGGUGCACAAAAUGAAAUAUAUGGUUUUACAGUGUCCUUGCCUGAUGUUCCUGCACGGCCUAAUCAUGCUUCUUCCUUACUGGAUAUCAAUGGUGAAGUUGUUCCUUUGCGUGAGCUCGUAUCUACUCGCCAAGAAGAACGAGAAGCGAAACAUCAUCUACGGCGCCAUCUGGCAAUAAAAAGAAACACAAAUGUUCAUAAUCUCAAACCUUCACGGCAAACAUACAACUUGAGAAAGAAGAAAUAUUCUGAUGUGUGA